CUCUAGUCUGUCUUUAGAUAAAUGCUUGUUGAUGCUGACAAGUGGACUCAGAUCUUUACCAGAUUGCAAUAACAUUGAAUGGAUGUUAACUGAUGAAGGCUUUCAAAUUCUGCGCAUUUCUGCGCAAUAGCUUCCGCUAUCUACUUAUCUUAAUUGCUUUUUUCUGCCUUCUAUCUGUGAAUUCAAAUCACACUAUAAUCAACUUUACGUUCAUAUGUAUGUCACGCGACUAUAACUUUACUGGCAAUGGUUAUAGCCCUGCAGUAGACUAUUCUCCAUCAGAAAAAACAGCGAUUAUCUGGGCAGUACCGAUUGGAACGCUGCUGGGGACGUUUCCAGUAAACUACUUUUAUACGAGAUUUGGUGCCAAAUGGCCAUUUCUCGUAGCAGGGAUUUUGUCAGCCGCAGCCACAGCAUCGAUACCAGUUGCAGCCAUGUUUGACCUGAAAGUGCUGUUAGCGCUGAGGUUUGUGCAGGGACUAGCGUUUUCUGGCAACUUUGGAGCCGUUGGACUGAUGUGCGUUCGAUGGGCUGCUCUGAAUGAAAUCAGUAUCUUUGUCAGUAUUUUGACAAGCUUCACACCUGUAUCAGCAGUAAUUACAAAUCCUGUCUCAGCUUGGAUGUGCACAGACUAUGGCUGGCCAUUAGCCUUCUACACUCAUGCGGGUUUUGGUUUGAUAAUGUUUUUAUUGUGGAUACUGCUCUAUACAGAUGAUCCGCAGACUCAUAGAAUUAUUACAAAGACAGAGCUCGACCGUAUACAGAAAGGAAAAACGAAGGAGCAUAUUGAGCGAGACAGCUUUGUGCCAUACAAAGAGGUCAUUCUGGACAAGGUGAUUUUGAUUGUAUGGCUGAACGCUUUCGUAUACAUGACAGCUCUCACUUUUGUUUUGACUUACGCUCCGCUGUACUUUCGUUUGGUUCUCAAGUAUGAUGUUUCCGUUGCUGGCACGCUUUCCUCGGUUGCGUCUUCCAUUCACUUGCCAAUCAAGCUCGCUGGUGGAAUAAUCAGUGAUCGUCUAAGUAUUAUUUCUGAACGGUACAAGAUGUGGUUCUUCAACACAAUCUCUGUAGGGAUAGCUGGUAUAUGCACACUAUUAGUUGGUAUAUUCCCACAAAGGUGGCCUGGUGCUGGUUUUGCCAUGUUCGCUCUGGACAAUACAGUGAUGGCCUUGAAUGCAGGAGCAUUCUACAAAUGUGGGACUUUAUAUGCAAGACAGUAUUCCCACGUAGUCCUUACCGUGAUACAAUUCAUGAAGUGCGUUGGAAUGUUUGUGGCAGCCGGGCUAUUUUGGAUAUUUGUGCAUGACGAGAGCAGUUACAACCAGUGGCGUUAUACUUACUGGCUGCAAGGCGCCUGUCUCAUCGUUGUCAAUGUGCUGUUUUACAUCAUAGCUACUGAUCAACCGGCGGCUUUCACUAGCAUAACGAGGGCCACAAGGCAGGCUCAGCGAAAAAAAGCUGAAAGUUUUUGCAGUGUCACGAGGAUGUAAUGUAUUAAUUAGUGAAUUUUACGAAUUAAAGGAUGUUAUCGAUUUAUGGACGUGACAAGAAAUCAUAAUAGUAGAUGAUUACCACAAAAAACCAGUAACCGGAAUUUUUGGAAGUGCUGCGAUAUAGAAAUGAGGAAGCAGUGCAAAGGUUUUGGAUAUUUUGCGGAUUUACAGACUCAUAAUCGUCAGAUUACAAGUUUUCAAUAUAACAUACGCCUCAAAAGUUCUGUGACUCUAUUUGAAUUUUUAUUAAAGUAGAAGUUUCAAAAAUUGCAAUACCUUUUUGUUCGUUUUCUAUAAGCGAGCAAGUGGGGAAAUGCGUAUCUCGUCUCUUAAUAAGUUCCUGGAAAUGUAAAAAAUUGCAACGAUCAAAAUCGUCAGUGAUAUAAUUUCAUAAAGUUUUCUUUCUGAUUGAGCAAUGCUAUGCGAAUGGUAUAUACGUAAAAACUUUGAAAAGAAACAGUAAAAAUAGCAAACGGAACUUCGAAAUGUUUUCAGAAUGUCCCCUCAUAAGAAACAAGAAGAGAAUGCUAUGUAGCAAGCUCCCCAGUAUUACUACGUUUUUUUAAGAUAAGCAGGCUCAUUUGGUCUUGCUCUUCCUCCCCUAUCACUAUAACCACUCUGAAAUGGACAAAUUCAGAAACUUUUCCCAAAUUUGGAUCGUAACUGUUGACGGAUGCAUUCGCAACCCUAAUUUGUAAUUAUGCUAAUCUCUUCAAUGCCAAUCUGGUUUCUACAUCAAACACUUCACCCAAUGCUGCCAAUAAUAUCUGAAGUGUAUUAAAUGUUGAAAUAAAAAAUGUGUC